CCGCCACUGCCUAAUGACCAAGAUUUACGUACUGCUUCUGCGCUAAGUUAAAUAUUUAAGAGUGAGGGAUGGUGUGAUUCGGUAAAAAGAAGGCGCGAAUGAGGGUGAAAGAGCAAAGGCAAUAUGGGAGGGCUCCGAGGCUUAAGAAAUCGUUUUCGAAAAACGGCAUAUAACGGCAUUCGUCUCAUGAUUGUAUUUUGUUGUGUAAGUAGAGAGAUGGAGCCCAUCCAAGUAACGUCCUCAAAAGCCCGCCACCUUUCGUCGCCAUCCUCCUGUUUGUGAAAACUUCCCACUGAAGCUCUUCUUAACCAAAUCUCUCUCUCUCUCUCUCUCUCUCUCUCUCUAUAUAUAUAUAUAUAUAUAAAGAUUUAAUUCGGACAAAAUAACUUACCCAUGUCUUGCUUAGAGAAAAAAUCUAUCUGGGCUUUUCCCAAUUCAAGAACUUGCAGUGGUGGUGGUGAUGAAUUGUUGAAGCUGGAAAAUGUGAGCUCUAGUUUCCCCACUCCUACAAAUACAGUGGAGAAGAAAGAGGCGGUGGAGAUCAAAGAAAGCAGUGACAAGGCUGGUGGUGAACCUGGCGGCCGUGCCGGUGGUGAAUCGGAUCAUGGUGUACACACUUGGACUGAGAGGGAAAGAAGGAAGAAGAUGAGGAAUAUGUUCUCUAGCCUUCAUGCUUUGCUUCCUCAUCUUCCGGCUAAGGCAGAUAAGUCUACCAUUGUUGAUGAGUCAAUAAGAUACAUCAAGUCUCUUGAACAUACUCUCCAAACAACACAAACACAAAGGCUUGACAAAUUUUCUGCAUUGCCAGCAUCAUAUAGAGAGUUAACUUGUGAUACAAGGGAAGCGUUUUUGGCUGAUCAUUUUCAUCAGGGUCCACAAACAUCAAUCAACCUGGCAUUGCCAGCUGCUCUUUCACCACUGCCUGCUUCCUUCCAGACGUGGUUUUCCCCAAACGUUGUCAUGAACAUGUCCGGUAACGAUGCUCAGAUCAGCGUUUGUUCACCACCAAAGCUAGGGAUGUUGACUACUUUGUUUUACAUACUGGAGAAGCAUAAGCUGGAUGUAGUAUCUGCUCACAUCUCCUCGGAUCGAUGUCGUUGCAUGUACAUGAUCCAUGCUCAUGCAGGCGGAGCUUGUGAUAAUUUUCCGGAGGCAUUGUCAGUGGAGGACACAUUCAAGCUAGCAGCAAGUGAAAUGAACUUGUGGCUCUUGUCUCGUUGAUUCGUUAUGUACUUGAUAGUGUGAUUACCACCUUGCUAGAAUAGAACUUGAAGAAGCUAGGAAAAUUCAGCUUUUAUUAGAAGUGCUUUUAGGAAAAAUGUUGUGGAUGUUAUAUGUGUUUGCUGAUGGCCUUUAAAAUUGA